AACACUGGGAGUGUGACGUGAAUCAGGAAUGCAAGUCCGUGCACAGAUCUUGUACAGCAACGAACUCUCAAGCUGUAUCGCACUUGGAGACUAGAAGAGACGCCAGCACAAUAGCACACAGAAACAAUGAGAUCACUCGCCUUGCUUGCCCUGUAUAUCUUCAUGCCCCAAUCUGGAGCGGUUGAAUUAACUGAGAUGUAUGGCUCCAUCCAGUCUCCCAAUUUUCCAGAUUCCUAUCCCAAGAACUCUGAGGUUUCCUGGAAUAUUACAGUCCCGGAAGGAUUUAAAGUCAAACUUUAUUUUAUGCAUUUUGACCUGGAGCCGUCCUACCUCUGUGAAUACGACUCUGUAAAGAUCGAAGCAGAGCAAGAGUUGCUGGUGACUUUCUGCGGCCGGGAGAACACGGACACAGAGCAGAUCCCGGGGGAGCAGGUCAUCAUGUCCCCGGAAAACUCGCUGAGCGUCUCGUUCAGGUCGGACUUCUCUAACGAGGAGCGCUUCACUGGCUUUGAGGCUCACUACACCGCAGUGGACGUGGAUGAAUGUACAGAGAGAAACGAUGAAGAGCUGGCCUGUGACCAUUACUGCCACAAUUACAUUGGCGGAUACUACUGCUCCUGCAGGUUCGGAUACAUCCUGCACUCUGACAACAGGACCUGCCGAGUGGAGUGCAGUGACAACCUGUUCAUUGAGAGGACGGGUGUGAUCACCAGCUCUGACUUCCCAAACCCCUACCCCAAGAGCUCUGACUGCCUGUACAGGAUUGAGCUGCAGGAGGGCUUUGUGAUCAGCCUGGAGUUCGAUGACAGCUUCGACAUUGAAGACCACCCCGAGAUCACCUGUCCUUACGACUACCUAAAGAUCAAGGCUGGGAGGAGGGAGUUCGGGCCUCUGUGUGGCGAGAGGUCUCCUGGUCGAAUCGAGACAGGGAGUAACAACGUGCAGAUCCUGUUCCACAGCGACAACUCUGGUGAGAGCAGAGGGUGGAAGUUAUCCUACACCGCUGUGGGGAACCCAUGUCCUGUCCCACAGCCCCCAGAGAAUGGCAAGAUUGAUCCAGUCCUGGCGCAGUAUUCCUUUAAAGACCAGGUCCUCAUCACCUGUGACACCGGGUACAACGUGCUGAAGGACGAUAUAGAGGCCGAGCAGUAUCAGAUCGAAUGUCGAAAAGAGGGCACCUGGAGCAGCAAUGUCCCCGUCUGUAAAAUUGUUGACUGUGGAACUCCAGUGGAGUUGAAGCAUGGAUUGGUCUCCUCUGACAGCAGGGAUAAUCUCACCAUCUUUGGCUCCAGCAUUCAGUAUUCCUGCCAGGGGCCACGCUAUCACAUGUACCCUGCAAUCAACAACAGUACAUAUAUUUGUGGCAAGAAAGGGCUCUGGGUGAACAAAGAACUCGGCUCCAAACUACCUUCUUGCAUGGCAGCGUGUGGGCAGCCUGUGAAGCCGCUGCCGGCCUUGUUGAAGAGGAUAGUGGGUGGGAGGAACGCGGAGCUGGGCUUCUUCCCCUGGCAGGCCCUCAUCAUGGUGGAGGACCUGUCACGAGUUCCUGAGGACAAGUGGUUCGGCAGCGGGGCCCUCCUCUCCGAGUCCUGGGUGCUGACCGCAGCCCACGUCCUGCGAUCACAGCGGCGGGACAGCACGGUCGUCCCCGUGUCCAAGGAACACGUCACCGUCUACCUGGGGCUCCACGACGUGCGCGACAAGAGGGGCGCCGUGAACCUCACGGUGGAGAAGAUCAUCCUGCAUGAGGACUUCGACCCCUGGAACUACAACAACGACAUCGCCCUGGUCAAGCUGAAGGAGAAGGUCUCCAUGAACCCCUGGGUGAUGCCGGUGUGCCUGCCAUCGGUCGGGCAGGACUCGGCUGAUCCUGAACCCCACACCCUGGGCUUGGUGGCCGGGUGGGGCAUCUCCAAUCCCAAUGUCUCCAUGGACAACGCAGUGAGUUCAGACCUGGGGAUGGUGUCCGACGUCCUUCAGUACGUCAAGCUCCCGGUAGUCCUUCACUCUGAGUGCAAAACGAGCUACGAGUCGAGGUCUGGGAACUACAACAUCACAGACAACAUGUUCUGCGCAGGCUUCUACGAAGGUGGGAAGGACACUUGUCUGGGAGACAGCGGAGGAGCCUUUGUGAUGGAGGACCCCCAGUCUAAGAGAUGGGUGGCCCAGGGGCUGGUUUCCUGGGGUGGGCCUGAAGAAUGCGGUAGCCAGCGAGUCUAUGGAGUUUACACUAAGGUGUCCAAAUACACAGAGUGGCUGGAAAAUAAACUGGAGCCUUGAGCCAAAGGGCAAUCAUAAUAUCACCACCUAGAUCCUUAAGCAUCACUUUACCAGGUGUAACUUAUUUUGCUGGUAAUCCAUUCAGUACAGGGCAGCAAUAGCCCAUGUCUGUCUUGUAUUUGAUUCUCAUUUAAAUUCAUUAGUAAUGUACACUUGCAGGAUUUGACUUAUUGAACAGCCGACCCCCACAUUGCUGGCAGGAUUUUCUUCAGCACUUGAAUGAAACAAAGCUGGACAGACUCCCUUCAAGAUUAUCAUCACCAUGGCAUUACCUGCACAGUAUUCGCUCUCAUUGCAGUGCUUGUUACACUUGGCUAAAUGGACCUCACCAGUACUUGGACGGACUCCAUGUAAACAGGUGCAGUACCACCCAGAAUUAACAUGCUGGCCUGGAAAUGAAUUAGUACUGCACUUUUGAUUACCUGGACUGACCACUUUUUGGGAAAUGGGAACAUUUUAUAAGGGUAAUGCUCAGUUUUCUCACUCACAUACUGCAUGCCACUUGCAAUUCUCAAGCUGGGUUUGUCUGUCCAUGCUAAACUUCAAGUGUAGUUUGCUGUCUCCAUAGCCAUGGUGCACUUUCCUUUGUAUUGCUACAGAAACACAGCUCAGGUUGGUGGUCUCUCUUGGAAGCAUGGCGUUCGACAAUCUUACUCUCCAGAAUGUGUCUGACUUUUAUAAGCUUUUAUAAAACGUUAAAGUUAUCGAAGUGCACUUUUUAUAUCUUCAUAUAUUUUUGUACCUUGUCUGUUAUGAAUGUUAUACUGUAUACGCAUGUGCAUGGCAAUAUAUACCCUGUUUUGUAUUUCUGCACUGAUAUUAAAUACACUUUAAG